AUGGCUCCCCUGGAUGUCUCUCCUUCCUGCAUCAUGAUAGCCCUGCUGGUGCUUCUGGCGUUGCCCCUCACCCUGUAUGCCUGCCCCAGGUCCUGCAGCUGCCCUGCCCUGCGGGAGGUGCACUGCACCUUCCGCCAUCUCACCUCCGCCCCACGAAACCUGCCGAAGGACACCGAAAAAGUGAACAUAGGCUAUAACAGCAUCCAGGCAGUGGGUGCCUUGGAAUUCACAGACCUCCGACGUCUGGAGAUGCUUAUGCUACACGGAAACGACAUAAUGACAGUCUCCCCCGGAGCCUUUCACAACUUACGAUCCCUGCAGAUUCUAAAGUUAAGCUACAACAAGCUGAAGACCAUCAAACCCAAAAUGUUUGAAGGUUUGACAGGCCUGGUGCGCCUCCACAUAGACCACAACCUCAUUGAGUUCGUCGAGCCAUUUUCCUUCAAUGGCCUGACAUCACUGAAGCUGCUGCAGCUCGAAGGAAACCUCUUGAGGGAUUUGCAUCCACAGACAUUUGUCACCCUGUCUUUCCUGGGGGCCUUCUGGAGUUCCAACCUGCGGCACCUCCAUCUUGCUGACAACCAGCUGGAGUACCUGCUACCAGAAGCCCUGCAGCACCUGGAAAAACUGGAGCUCCUCUCUCUGCAUGGCAACCCUUGGAUAUGUGACUGCCAGCUCCGGUGGCUCUUAGAGUGGCACAACAAAAACAAUGGAGUGAUUAAGUGCAAAAAGGAUCGAGAUUCUGGCAUGAGUGACAACUGUGGCACAUGUUCCUCUCCCCUGCGUCUCAACAACAGCCAGCUCUUUCAGCUGUCCCCUGAGCGACUCUCCUGCAGGAGACCCACUCUCCAAUCUCCCCUGAAGCUGAAGGAGAGCCCCAGCUGGGAGGAGACCGAGUCUGACCUCCCACAGAGCAAAGACCUGGAGUCCCCACUAGGACACCUUACCUUUGUACUGUCUGACAGCCAUGAGAACAGGGCUCAUGUUCCCUGCACGGUGAAGCACCCGGACCAGAGAACCUCCAUGGUCUGGCAGGCCCUAAAAGUGCCAGGGCACGUGUCAAUCAACGUCACUUUGACGACUCUGCUGGAGUGUGAGAUUGACCGGGAUGACCUGCAAAGGCUCUGGAGACUGGUGGCCUAUUACUAUGAGAGCCCUGCUAUCCUAGAGAGAGGACUGAGAAAAGAUUACAAUGGGUCCGGUGCAACUUUUCAAUAUGCACAGUCUGCAACUGAGGAAACACCAUAUUAUACCGAGCUCAAAGGACAUUUAACAGCUGAACCAGACUGGUUGCUGCAGCCAAAGGUUACCCUUCAACUUAACAGGCGCAAGACCACAACUAAAAAACUUGUCCUGGACUUUUCUACUUCCAUCUCAGAACAAGUCAAUCGUGAGGAAUGGCAAGAAGAUACAUCAUAUACUUGGGCUAUGAUACAAAGAGGGGGUCGAGAGAGGAUACAGUUUGCUUUGGAGGGUUCUCAAGCCAGCCUGAAGUGCAAAGUAAAGAGCUCGGGGCAGCAGCCUGUGGAGUGGAUGCUACCAAAUUCAUCAAUUCUUAAAGAAUCUACUUCAACACUGUUUAUCUCUGAGGAAGGCACAUUGCUUAUAGACAAAGCAAGUGUGUCUGACUCUGGGUUGUAUCAUUGCAUCGUACGGACUGAGAAUCAUGUGGACAUUGCGUCCUUCAGGCUAAUAGUAAGGGAACUCUUGCUUGGUCCUGAGGCUAUAAAUGGCAAGCAGCUAUCUGUUGACAGUGAAGCAUCACUCACCAUUCCCUGUUCUAUUUCGUCAGUGAAGCCCAGUGGGGUCAGCUGGUACCUACCCUCCAAUAAAAUCCUGCGACCAGUAACACGAAAAGAGCGGGUCUAUGUAUCGACUAAUGGCUCUCUGGUUAUCGAAGAAGCUAUAAAGGAAGAUUCUGGGGAAUACAGCUGUUUGGGGGCAAAUCUCUAUGGUGCAGACAUGCUAUCUCACCAAAUUACAAUCAAAGACGCAGAACCACCGACAGUUAGUGAUACUAAAGUGGAUUUUCGUACAAAUAGUAAAUUAUCUGAUGAAGAGGGAUCAGGAUUUCUGGAAAUAAAACGCACCAAUCCUGCACAGACACCACACAGGACAAGUGGGAGGCUCAAUGGUUCUCGGGGUCAUUUGAACCAGGGUCAGAAAGGACGGAGAGUCAAGGAAGGUAAGAGGAAAUCUAACAAGUCUGUUAAAGAGCUCGACCCUAACCGCUGGGCUGAGUUCCUGGCAAAAACCCAUGCUAAGAGCCCUACUGUUCCCUCACCUCAACCAAUGAUGACUACAGUGAUGACAACAGAAAAAACUACAACUCCCACUACCACCAGCACUACUACCACUACUGCUCCACUUUCUCCUUCUCCUACUCCUCUUCCUGCCACUACUACCACUUCUACUACAACUAAAGUGACACAAACAGAACCACCACUGGACAGACAUAUAGUGCAGGACAGAAACAAGACCAGCUCUAAUGCAAAUGGGACACAGAGAUUUAGGCCCCCGUACAGACGCAGGAGACCCCCUUACCGUAGGAUUCGGCCUGGCAGCUCUUCCAACAACAUUCCUCUCCCAUCACCUGACAGAAAGCAGCAGGCCCAGAAGAAGCUAAACAAACCAAACACACAGACACCAUCUACUUACAACUUACCCUGGGCUAAUCCUAAUUUGUUCCCUGUAUGGCCAUCAGUUCAAGGUUCGAGACGCUAUCCUUCCUCUCCCGGCAGACCCUGGCAUUUCCCCUACCCCAGGGAAAGAGGUGCCGGGGUUACCAACCGCCCAGAGAUUACCGCGUUAACUGCCAAACCUACAAUUUCCAUUCCUGGAUCAGCACCUCCCGGAUGGGUCGCCACCACUCCACCAACCUUACGUCCUCCUCUGAACACCUUUCCCAAUAGGACCAGGGACUUUUCAUUCCUUUCCAGGCUUAGAAACAGAUAUAGACAGUCUCAGCUGGAUGCUUUCCGUCUUUCACAAUUAGCAAAGACUAUCACCCCAAAGCCUAAGGCCAAUUCCCUUUCUCCUAAGUUCCACAAACCUCCGACACUUCUAAAAGCCCACAGUCCUGUUACUCCCGCAUCCAUACCGUUGGCCGCCAACAGGCCUCCUUCCACGCCCAGUGUUCCCUAUGGCAGUCGAUUGCACUUCAGCCAUCGGGGCCCAAAGAAACUGAGCACUGCGCUGCCCUUUCCAGAGCUGAUGGGAAGUGGAGCGAGGCCAAGGAUCACCUCUGUUAAUAUUGUCAGCAUGUCUGCUUUGGCAGAAGCGGAUGUGUUCCUCCCUUGCGAGUCAUCAGGGGAGCCUGUGCCUGCACUCUCCUGGACCAAAGUCUCAACAGGGGCCAGUAUUCAAGCAAACACAAAACAUGGACAAAGAUUUGAAGUGCUGAAAAAUGGGACCUUUGUGAUUAAGAACGUUCAGUUGCAGGACAGAGGCCAGUACCUCUGUACUGUACAGAACAAAUUUGGGUCGGAUCGUAUGGUAAUUACCCUCGCUGUGCUGACCCAGCCUCCUAAAAUUUUGCCCCCAAACCCUACGGACAUCUCUGUGUAUUUGGGAAGGUCUGUCAGCCUGGACUGUCUGGCAGAGGGAAAGCCCAAGGCUCAGAUUUCUUGGAUUCUUCCAGACAGAACAUUUGUUCGAGAGGUGGGGCUUCCUGACAGUAGAGCCGUGCUACUGACCAAUGGCACGCUGAGGAUCCCGGCGGUCAACUUUUCAAGUAAAGGAGACUACAAGUGCAUUGCGAGCAAUGCCGCUGGUGCUGACACAGUGACAUACCGCAUCCAUGUUGCUGCUUUACCACCCACCGUCAAAGAGGUGUCUUUGGAAACCAUCAUGAUACACACAGGUAGAAGUAUCUACGUGCACUGCACCGUGAAAGGAGAACCAACCCCAGUCCUAAAAUGGAGCCUCCCCGGCGGGGCCCAGAUCAAGCCCUCCCAGUACCUUGGUUCUCGGUUCUUUGUCUUCCCAAACGGGACACUAUUUGUGAGAAGCAUCUCGCAGGCCGACUCUGGAAAAUAUGAAUGCUCUGCCACCAAUGCAGUGGGUUCUACCAGGAGAGUUGUUCAGCUGGACAUCAAGCCAGAGUCCUCCAGCCCCCAGCGAAGUGUGUCCCAGCAGCACAGAGUCACAGCCAUGUAUGGCUCCACUGUGUACCUGCACUGCCCCGAGUCAACAAGCGUGAAGCGCACUGCCCUCUGGAGGCUUCCUUCCAAAACGCUGAUGGAUUAUCGUUACAGCCCGGAGAGAUCAAUCACUGCGUUCCCUAAUGGCACUCUCAGGAUUCUGCAACUGACAGAGAAAGAUGGAGGAACCUAUGUCUGCAUGUUCCAGAGGCCAAAUGGUGAGGACAUGGAGAUAUUUCAGGUAGAAGUCCUCAUGAAGCCACCAAAAAUAGAACCCUUGAGAUCGGCUCAGAAGAGAGUCACGUAUGGCGAGAGCUUCCAGGUGGACUGUGUGGCAUCAGGUCUUCCAGACCCAGAGUUGUCCUGGAGCCUGCCAGAUGGCACCAUGAUCAACAACGCCCUCCAGUCAGAUGACAGUGGAGCCCGGUCACGCCGCUACGUAAUGUUUGAGAAUGGCACACUCCUCCUGCAGCAGAUGGGCAAGACGGAUGAAGGUGAUUACACCUGCUACGCUAAGAACAAGCUUGGAGCGGACGAAAUGAGGGUUAGCAUCAGAGUGGUGGCGGACUCUCCAAGGAUCCUGUUCAAGGACCAGUCAUCCCUCUGGGCUCAUCUUGAUGAGCCUGUGUAUAUGAAGUGUGAGGCCAGAGGAGAACCUCCACCUACAAUCAUAUGGCUGUCGCCAACCAAUGAGAUAAUUUCUUCUUCAUCUUCCAGGUAUCAAGUUUUGCGGGAUGGGACUCUGGUAAUCAGGAAGGUUAGCUUCACUGACCGGGGAAAGUAUGCUUGUGUAGCCAGGAACUCAGCUGGGGACGACAUAAAAAAUGUGAAGCUGGAAGUGGAGGCCAGAGAACCUCAGAUAAACGGACAAAGUGGCAGAACCAGCAUGAAGAUUCUUGCAGUGUCUUACCAGACAACGUUACUGGACUGCAGAGCAGAGGGCAUGCCAGAACCACGCAUCACCUGGACCACAUCCUAUGGCAUGUCACUGCCUAUGCCUUAUCUGGGUGGCAGGUUCCAGGUCCACAAAAAUGGGAGUUUGGAACUGCGGGGUUUGAGGAAGACGGACGAGGGUCAGUUUGUGUGCCUGGCGAAAAACAACCUGGGAGAGGCGAGACUAGAAAUUGAGCUUGAAGUAGCUGCCCUUGCAGAAAAGCCAAGCUUUCUAGUACCAAACAUUGAGGUUUUGCCCCUGAAACUAGAUGGCAGUGAAGUCACUCUGGAGUGCCAGGCCAGAGGCAAGCCUUUGCCAGAGUUCGUGUGGGUGCUCCCAAACAGUACUGUGCUAACCCCGGGGACUAAACUCCAGCGCUUCCUUCACUACCCACGCAAUGGGACCUUGCGAAUAUCGCAUCCAGUGACCAGUGAUAAAGGUGUCUAUCGCUGCCUAGCUAAAAAUGUGGCGGGGCAAGCUGAGAAAAGGUAUGUUUUAGAACCAGGAAGGAAGCCCCAGAUCCGUGGAAUAUCAGGACCCACAAAGGUUUCAUUUGGGCAGAAUCUAAACCUACCUUGUUCUGUUGAUGGCUGGCCACAAGCUACCAUCACCUGGACCCUCCCCAGUGGCCUGGUCCUGGACAAGCCUCAAGUCACAGGAAGAGUAACAUACCUAGCAAAUGGCACACUUCAGCUCAGAGAGACUGCCACAUUUGACAGAGGGACGUACAUCUGCAAAGCCACAAAUACAUUUGGGUCUUCAACGCUGUCAUACCCAGUUGCGGUGAUGGUGUACCCUCCACGCAUCACGAAUGCACCACCGUCCAUAACAAGGGUGAACAGAGGAUCUUCAGUAAAGCUGAGCUGCGUGGCAGCCGGCAUACCAAAACCGGACAUCUCUUGGACUCUCCCUGGUCGCACAACGCUUGUGCCUAGCAACCGAUUCGCAGCACAGGGUGGUGUCCACAUGACAGUUGAAGGCAGCCUGGUCAUUCAAAAUCCUGUGCUCAUGAACUCAGGGAUAUAUAAAUGUAACGCAAAAAAUGCCCUUGGAACAGACUUCAAAGCGACUUACCUUCAAGUGCUAUGA